GUCUGUAAACUACAUGGGAGUGGGAGCAGAUAGCUCCUUCAAGUUGUGGCUACAAUGGCUAGCAAUUUCUUUCUUCUUCUUCUGCGUUUGUUCUCCUUCUUCUUUUUCUCCACAUUCAGAGGCUUCACACUGAGAGUUGCAGAGGCUCGGGUGGUUCCAGCCAUGUAUGUUUUUGGAGACUCCUUAGUAGAUGUGGGCAACAACAACUACCUCCAGUUUUCAUUUGCCAAAGCAAAUUUUCCUCACAAUGGGAUCGACUUUCCUACCAAAACACCAACUGGGAGAUUUUGUAACGGCAAGAAUGCUGCAGAUCUUCUUGCUGAGAUAAUGGGCUUACCAGCCAUACCACCAUAUCUCUCUAUGGCAUCUAAAUCCAACAACAUUACCCUUUUCCUAAAUGGUGUUAACUUUGCCUCUGGAGCUGCCAAAAUCUUCAAGGACACAAAUCAACAACAUCCCCAGUCAAUAUCUUUUGGAGAACAAGUAGACUACUAUUUGGCAGUGCAGAAAGAGGUUGUGCAAAAGCUAGGAGCCUCAAAAGCACAAACUCAUCUGUCAAAAUCUCUCUUCACCAUUGUCAUUGGAAGCAAUGACAUCUACACUUACUUUGGCUCCUCCAUUAAUAACAGGACCUCACCCCAGCAGUAUGUCAACUCCAUGGCUGCCGCACUAAAACAGCAAGUGAAGCGCUUAUAUGAUUAUGGGGGUCGAAAAUUUGUGAUUGUUGGGGUUGCGCUUGUGGGAUGCACCCCAUAUGAAAGGAAUGAGCAAACAAAUAAAGAAUGCAAUGCAGAUGUGAAUCAAAUGGCUGCUAAGUACAAUGGAGUUCUUGUGUCAAUGUUGAAGAAUUUGAAAUCAGAGCUCAAAGGCAUAAACUACUCCUACUUUGAUGGCUACAGCGUCAUGCACAACUUCAUACAGAAACCAGCAGCUUAUGGAUUUGCUGAGGUUAAAGCUGCUUGCUGUGGCCUCGGGAAGCUUAAUGCGGAUGCUCCUUGCCUGCCAUUUGCAACUUAUUGCUCCAACAGAAGCGACCAUCUUUUCUGGGAUAGAACUCAUCCUACUGAGGCAGCUCAUCGCAUCUUUGUGGAUCGUAUUCUUUAUGGUCCUUUACAAUACACCUUCCCAAUAAACGUGCAAAAGCUAGUUGCCGUUUAAUCUCAUUGACAUGUAUUAAGCAUGAUUAUACAUGCGAAGUAAUUAUUUCGUAUCACUCAUUGUACGUACGUAUAUUACAAACAUGUGUCGAUCUCUCUCGUUAUUUAUUUGGUUAAGGGAUGGAUGGAUGGAUGUAGUUACUUUAUCAACUAAAUAGCAGUCAGAACUUAAAGAAACAUA